UGUGACUUCGAAAGCAGCAUCAUGUCAGGCAGAGGAAAGGGUGGUAAAGGACUCGGCAAAGGAGGCGCUAAGCGUCACCGCAAGGUACUUCGCGAUAACAUCCAGGGGAUCACCAAGCCGGCUAUUCGCCGUCUGGCUCGGCGUGGUGGUGUAAAGCGUAUUUCUGGUCUGAUCUAUGAAGAGACUCGCGGUGUGCUGAAAGUGUUUCUGGAGAACGUGAUCCGCGACGCCGUCACCUACACCGAGCAUGCCAAGAGAAAGACUGUGACCGCCAUGGAUGUGGUGUACGCUCUGAAACGCCAGGGACGCACCCUGUACGGCUUCGGCGGUUAAACGCUCUAACACUGAACGACGCGAACACAACGGCUCUUUUAAGAGCCACCCACAUGUCUAGAAAAAGAGCUGUUCCGUGUGGGGGGGGGGCUUUUUCUUUCAUGAAGCAUAAGGCAUCAAACGCUGUAGAAGUAGCGUAAGUGGUAGAUCUAUUUGUAUUUUUUGUAAUAAACAACAUAUAUGCAGUGUUCAAUAUUAUAAACUAUAAAUCAAUAUAAUAUCAAUAUUAUAAAACAAUUUAAAAGAUGAUUUUAGUAGAAACCUACUUCUAUAUUUCUCUC